GGAAGUGGCGACGCUGGCGGCCCCGGAGCCUGCGGACGGCGGCGGCGGCGGCGGCGGCGGGCCGGGGGGGCGGCGCGGACCCCCGCGGCGCCGGCUGGGGCAUCACCGCCGGCCUCGACCCCGAGAUGGCGCUGCUGGCCGAGCACCUGCUCAAGCCGCUGCCCGCCGACCGCCAGAUCGAGACGGGGCCCUUCCUGGAGGCGGUGUCCCACCUGCCGCCCUUCUUCGACUGCCUUGGCUCUGCCGUCUUCACGCCCAUCAAGGCGGACAUCAGCGGCAACAUCACGAAAAUCAAAGCCGUGUACGACACUGACCCCACCAAGUUCCGGACGCUGCAGAACAUCCUGGAGGUGGAGAAGGAGAUGUACGGGGCUGAGUGGCCCAAGGUCGGCGCCACGCUGGCUCUGAUGUGGCUGAAAAGGGGUCUUCGCUUCAUCCAGGUCUUCCUCCAGAGCAUCUGUGACGGGGAGCGGGACGAGAACCACCCCAACCUCAUCCGCGUCAACGCCACCAAGGCCUACGAGAUGGCCCUGAAGAAGUACCACGGCUGGCUGGUGCAGAAGAUCUUCCAGGCCGCGCUCUACGCCGCCCCCUACAAGUCGGACUUCCUGAAGGCGCUGUCCAAGGGCCAGAAGGUGACCGAGGAGGAGUGCCUGGAGAAGACCCGCCUCUUCCUGGUCAACUUCACGGCCACCAUCGACGUCAUCUACGACAUGUACACCAAGAUGAACGCGGAGCUCAACUACAAGGUCUAGGCCCUGGCGCCCGGCCGGCAGCGUCCCCAGGUGGCCCUGGGUCACUCCGGGGGGCCCCUCGGACACCAGCGCCUCCCUGAGGCCGCUAAGCCCGGCCUGGGGCUGCACGCACAAGCCCACCGGGGGCAGUUUUUUUGUUUUUUUUUUUGUUGUUUUUGGUUUUCGUUUUGAGCCAUACCCCACGAUGCUCAGGGCUGACUCCUGGCUCUGCACUCAGGGACGACUCCUGGCAGAGCUCAGGACACCUGAUGGGAUGUCGGGGAUCCACCCGGGUGGGCCUCGCGGGCCAGGCAGACGCCCACCCACUGCACUGUGUCGCCGCCGUGCGCCCCACACGCCCAUUUUUUCCUUUUUUUUUUUUUUUGUUUUAAUUUGCAAGACACCCUUGGGGUCUGUCCCCACCGAGCAGGACACAGCCGUCCUCCUUGCAGGUCGCCUUGGGACCUCGCCGGCGCACGAUGGGCCUGACGCUUUGGUUUCUGUGUGUGGGGGUGGGCGGGGGAUCCAAUGAGCCAAGUCCCAGGGGCUCCUUUUUUUUCCUUUUUAAUCACGCAGGCGAGCACGGCCCCUCCGCCCCCCACACCAUCGGCACCCCCCCCCCCCAAGACAAGCACCCUCGUGAGACGCAGGCGGAAGCGGUCUGGGGCGUGUCAGGGACCAGGGCUUGGAUCUGAAAUCACACAGAGCCCCCCACCCGGGAGGGGAUUUUAUUUUUUUUAAGCAGCCUGGCCCGUGCGCGCCUGUGGUCGGGCAGCCCCGCGGGCGGCUCCCUGAUUACAGAGCUGCCCGCUCUCGCCCUCUGGGCCCAGCUUUUUAUAGCUCAGACCAACCAGCGAGUCCUUGAGGAGGGGGCUUUAAUUUCAGAGCGCUCAGACGAACAGCGGCACACCCCCCGACGACUGCACUGUGUUCUUCUGCAGUUUCCUUCUCCUGCACCCCGGGGAAAACACCCCCCCCCACCGUGGGGGUCCUCUCAAGGGGGGGGGGACGCGGGAAGCACCUCACUGCCUUAAGCAUCCUGCCCGGCCAGCGAGAAGCGGAACUGUCUGGGCGGGCAGAGUCACUCCCAAAGAAUCGUUAAUGUGUGUG